UAACACCAGAGAGGACAGCUUCCCUUAGUCCCCAAGCAGUGAUUGUCUGACUGUGUGUCAGUAUACAUCUCCGGUGCCCUCUUCCUCCAGUCACCAACCACGGACUGAGGCCAGGAUCCCCUGUUCCCAGCCCCCACCUCUGCCUCCCUCUGUCCCGGUCUCCCAGUGCACCCCUCAGACGCCGGGAGCGGCCGGCCACAUUUCCGUACCACUCAGGAUCUUGGCUUGAAAGAGUGAUAAAAAAAUUAAAAAAUGGGAGCCGGAGGAAGUGUCGAAGACAAGGCAUUAGCCGCAAAGUCCAAGGAGCUGGAAAAGCAGCUGGCGGAGGAUGCAGACAAAGAAUCCAAGACAGUCAAGCUUCUGCUGCUUGGUGCUGGUGAGUCUGGGAAGAGCACAAUUGUUAAGCAGAUGAAAAUUCUCCAUCAAGGUGGUUAUACCAAAGAAGAACAAUUGGAGUUCAGGGCGAUCAUCUAUGGUAACAUCCUGCAGUCUGCUCUGGCCAUCAUCAGAGGCAUGGAGAUGCUGGCCAUUGACUUUGGAUCACCAAAAGGAAGUGAAGACGGGCAGAAGCUGUCCAACCUGUCAGACUCCAUUGAAGAGGGCUCAAUGCCCCCUGAGCUGGCUGAUGUCAUCAAGAGGCUGUGGAGUGACAGUGGUGUCCAGGCCUCCUUCGAGAGAGCAGCCGAGUAUCAGCUCAAUGACUCUGCUGGCUACUACCUUGGAGAAUUGGACAGAAUCACAAAGUCUGAUUACCUGCCCAAUGAGCAGGACGUGCUGCGUUCUCGAGUCAAGACAACCGGUAUUAUCGAGGAGCAGUUCUCCUGCAAAGAGCUGCAUUUCAGGAUGUUUGAUGUGGGCGGCCAGCGGUCGGAGAGAAAGAAGUGGAUCCAUUGUUUCGAGGGUGUAACCUGCAUCAUCUUCUGCGGAGCCCUCAGUGCUUAUGACAUGGUGCUCGUAGAGGACGAUGAAGUGAACCGUAUGCAUGAGUCUCUCCACUUGUUCAACAGUAUCUGCAACCACAGGUUCUUCGCCACCACCUCCAUUGUGCUCUUCCUCAACAAGAAGGAUCUUUUUGAAGAGAAGAUCAAAAAGGUCCACCUCAGUAUCUGCUUCCCAGACUACGAUGGCCCCAACACAUAUGAUGAUGCCAGUGACUACAUCAAGAAGCAGUUUGAGGAGCUGAACAUGAAGAAGGGUGUCAAAGAAAUCUAUUCCCACUUGACCUGCGCCACGGACACAAAGAACGUGGAGAUUGUGUUCGGAGCCGUGACAGACAUCAUUAUCAAAGAGAACCUAAAAUCUUGCGGUCUGUUCUAAGCAGAUACACAAAGAGAUUGUAUUUUUCCCCUCUUCCCUUCACUUGGAUUCAUGUUGAAGUUGAGCAGUAGGAACAGAAGGCACAACAGAAGGCUUUGUAAUGUCAUAAGACUCUUCAAUUCUACACUAUCCCUUCAUUCCUAACUCCCAACACCCUAAAUUAUGGGUAAUGAAGGCAAAUACUAAGAAAACGGAGACAAUGUGGAUGAUGUCCUUUAGAUGGAAAUGUGGAUAAGAAGUCAGAAGAACAACCGAAUGAACACGUUUGAUAUAGGUACUUUAUUAGAUAUUCUGGGGUUAUUUCUGGCUCUUAAAUGGUUUGUGUUGAAGAAAGUGUAGAAAGCUGCUCAUGGAAUCCAAUUGAUAAACUUAUGAAAAGAUACAUUUUGAAGUGAUCCAUCUUACUCAACAUGGUCAGAGUGAAGUCCUUUCCAAUUACACUGUUCUUGCCCAAUGAUUUGUAAUGUUUAUAUCUAGUUCUGUUUGGAUAUGCUUACUGUUUCGCACCAGAUGUAACACAGUAAAAAGUUAUUCAGCUAAUUUCAAAUCAGCCAGUUCAAAUAGCUGAAAUUUAAGAAAAAAGUACCAUCAAAACAAGUUAGCAAUGUAUUUUGUAAAUAGGGGACCUUAAACAUUAAUAUUCAAAUACGUUAUGACAACGUUCAACAUCAGUGACAUGUUUAGUGAUGUGCAUGUAUAUUCCAUUUUGACUACUGACAAAUGAACCUGUAACUGACCGGUCUUGUGAAAGAUAAACAUUCAAAAUAAAAAUGUAUACAUAGCAA